UUUCCUUAACGGGCAAGUAAGUUAUCCAAAGUAAGGCAUGCCGAGUAUAAAUAUUCAUGAGACUGUCGGCAAAGCGUUCGCCUUUGCUUUGUUUUGAAAGUUACGUUUCCCGAGAGGUACAACUGGACAAACUAAAGCGCCAGCAAAGUCGGCAGGGUUCGUUAACUCGCAGUUUCGCUACUGGAUUAUCUAAAACAAGUCAUGUCUGGACGCGGUAAAGGAGGCAAAGGUCUAGGAAAGGGCGGCGCUAAGCGUCAUCGUAAAAUUUUAAGAGACAACAUCCAGGGCAUAACCAAGCCUGCUAUCCGUCGUCUAGCUCGCCGCGGUGGUGUGAAGCGUAUCUCUGGUCUGAUCUACGAAGAGACUCGCGGAGUCCUGAAAGUCUUCCUUGAGAACGUCAUACGUGAUGCUGUGACCUACACCGAGCACGCCAAACGAAAGACAGUGACAGCCAUGGACGUGGUCUACGCUCUCAAACGCCAAGGACGUACUCUCUACGGAUUUGGUGGUUAGGGAAGUGCCUGACUACAAGCUCCCCCUUAAAAAAACGGCUCCUUUAGGAGCCAACAAGUCUAACGAAAGGCCCGACCAGCAAU